UCAGACAGUUUUCAGGCUGUAAAUGAGGGACUUUGGCCUGUCUGAGGAGUGUCUUAUGAGUGAUGCUCCAGUUCACACUGCACAGCAGAACAGAGGGAAAUGAGGAGCGCAAAGACUGAUCGCUUAAGAUGAGCUUUACUUUGAGAAGAAGUCAGUCCCUCAGGAGCCUUUCUGGAGGUCAUAGUUCAUGGUCUACAUCAGCGUCGCUGUUUUGGGACAGAAGGACACCUGUGUCUCAGCUUGUUCAAAGGUAUGAAAGCUGUGUGGAGCUCACAGGUGUUGGCAGACAAGAGGCCUGGUCUAAGUCAUCUGACCUGAGAAGAUCAAACCAUGAAGAGAGUAAAGUUGAAAGUCUCUGGAGGAGAUAUGAGUCCCUCAGUGGGGUAAAUUCCUCUUUUUCCAGAAGUAUUUCAAUGGACAUGUUGCCCCAGCCGGAACAGGUUGGCACCAACUCUCUGAGGGUCCUGUUUGAGUCAAAGAACGCCCUGCGACAGGACUACGCCAGCAGCCCUCAUCUCAACGUCACACCACAGGCCAAAAGUAGCCCAGUGAGUCACAUUACCUCACCGGGGAGGGAGAAAGGUUAUUCUGGUACUACUACUGUCACCAAUGCCAAAAAAGACAAGGCUCAUCAGAAAGAAAAACCCUUUGAGAUAAUGAGGAGGAGAACAGUCAGUGGGGUUCCUGAAUAUGUCACCAGAUCCUCCAGUGGCCUGAAUGAUGAGAGGAGACGUUUAAAAAAAGACCAGAGACCAUCUGCCUCCUAUCUAGAGCACAAAAAGAAGUACACCUCCUCUCAUAUCCAGAGCGUGAAGGAUAGAUCAGCCCUUUACCUCUCAAAGGUAGCAGCUGCAGACUCCUCAGGGUCCAUCGAACAGCAAGGCAGUGUGGUCCAAGAACACCUGAUCACAAGCGGAAAGAAGAAAAAACAAAGCAAGAUGGCAGAAGUAGCCAAACAGAUAAAAGUGACCGAUGCAGCCAGUGGAGAUGACGAUUUCCCUCCCCCUCCACCUCCUCUACCAAGACCUCAGGUUCUGGAGUCACUUCAAAAGGAUCUAAGCCAAAACUUACUCCCCGUACCACCUCCAAAAGAAACCUUCUCAGAGUUCUACCAGCAACGGCAAAAAAAUGAACUGAAGCGUAUUUUUAAACACAUUCAUCCUGAAUUGAAGAUGAAUCUUGAUGAUGUUGUAGAUGAUGAACUAAUUGAUGCAAUAAAUCCCCAAUCAGUAGAUGCGGCAUAUCAGGGGGAAGUCCAGUCCAUGCGCUGGAUAUUUGAAAACUGGACUCUUGACAAUAUUGGAGACCCGCAUGAAACAAAAAAAUUACUUGAUGAAGAAAAUCCUCAAGGUGGGGAUGUGAGGAGCAAAUCCUCACUGUUUGAGCAUUCAGUGUUUGAUGGUCAACACACAACAGCUGAUGAGAGACCAGGUGUAGUCAAAGGAGAUGUUCGCACAGCAACCUGGUUGUUUGAGACACAGCCUCUAGACUCAAUCAGUAAGUCAAAGAUGGAUGAUGAGGAAAUAGUGGAGGUCGUACUGAAGGAACCUGUUCAGAAGGGAGACGUUAGAGGUGCACGUCUCCUGUUUGAAUCCAAACCAUUGGACGCUUUGGGCCGUUGUUGCUCUGUUGAAGACCAACACUUCCUAAUGCUCAAAUCAGAACUCCAUGAGAAUAAAGGAGAUGUGAAGAAAACCGUCAAACUCUUUCAAGCAGAUCCCUGUUGUGCACUUAGGGAUAGUAGUGGCAAAAUCCAUGAAAUCAAAUCAAUCUGUAGAGAAGAAAUUCAAAGCAGUGACUUUAAAACAGCACGUUGGCUUUUUGAAACUCAACCUUUAGACCACAUUAAUAAAGGAGCUAGUGUGCAGAUCAUUCGGGGAAUCUCACUUGAGGAAGCCCAGAAAGGUGGUGUUGAUCAGAAGAAAUGGAUGUUCGAGACACAACCACUAGAUGCAAUUCAUGAAGGUCUUGUGGAAGAACAAAAUUUCAAAGGAACAGUGGAGGACAUCGCUGGGGAAGCAGAUGUUCACAAACUAAAACAGCCUCUGUCAUCUCUUAAAGGAGAGUCUGUGGGUGAAGUUUCAGAGAAGGAGGCAAUUAUUGGAGGAAAUGUAGGAUCCACCCUAUGGCUUUUUGAAACUCAGCCCAUGGACACUCUGAAAGACAGUUAUGAGGUAGGGCAUCUCCAGAAAGUUGUGGUGUCAAGUGAUGAAAAAGGAGAAGUUAAAGACAAAAAGCUGCAGUUUGAGAAAUCCAGUGUUGGUAAAACAACAGGUGAUAGUGGAAACAAAGUUCAAAAUGAUGAGAAAGGAGAUGUGAAGACUUUCAAAGACCUUUUUGAAACAUUACCUCUCAGUCAUAUAUCUGUGAAAGCACAGAGUCAAAUCCACGACAUUGCAGCUGGGGAUGUCAAAGGCAACCGUUCACUGUUUGAAACCACACCAUUGUAUGCAAUUAAAGACUGUGCUGGAAAUUUCCAUGAGGUUACGACUGUCAGUAGAGAAGAGUGCAUAAAAGGAAAUGUACAGAAUUACAAAUGGAUGUUUGAGACAAGACCCUUAGACCAAUUUGAAGAAUGUAGUGGACAAGUAGAGCUCAUCAAGGGCAUUACAAGGCAAGAGGACAUGACAGGUGACGUGAGGACAGCUAAAUGGAUGUUUGAAACACAACCUUUGGAUUGCAUAAAUUUAAAGAGUGAGAAAGAAGCAAACUCAACAGUACCAACAGAAGAAUUUCAAAAGGGUAAUGUGAAGACAUGCAAAUGGCUGUUUGAGACACAACCAAUGGACAUUUUGUAUGAGAAAACAGAAAAGAACCAGGAUGUAGAACCAGUUCCAAAAGCUGAUGUGAAGUCGCACACUUGGCUUUUUGAAACACAGCCAUUGGAUAACAUUAAAGACAAGGAGGACUUCAGUUUGAAAUUGUGCAGUACUGUGCAGGAAGACAUAAAAAGUGAUGUGAAUGUGAAGACAGUGAAACACCUGUUUGAAACCGAGACUCUGGACAGAAUAACAAAGCAAACAGAUUCUGGCCAAAAUGUAAGAUAUGUCAGUCAAGUGGAUGUCCAGUCUGGAGAUGUCUCACGUGUCAAGGAAAUCUUUGAAUCCAAGUCACUUCAUGAAAUAGGAAGUGAAUCCAUCAAAGUGUCUGAGGAGAAGAAAAACGAAAUUCAGUCAGGAUCGGUCCACAAAUUCACUUGGCUGUUUGAGAAUCAGCCUAUCAGCAACAUUAAUGUGAAAGACGACAGAAUAACUCACAGUGUCAGUGAUUUUGAGGGUGGUGAUGUUGGAAGCAAGAAGUUUAUUUUCGAAACUUUCUCUCUGGACAAAAUCCAGGAUAAAGACGAACUACUCGAACACCAGUCAAUGAGUGUUGAAAAGCCCAUGAACAUUAGCGGUAACGUUAAUUCCAGCACAAUGCUUUUUGAAUCACAGCCGUUAUAUGCCAUAAGAGACAAGGACGGACAGUUUCAUGAAGUUACCACUGUAAAGAAAGAGGAACUGAUGAGAGGAGAUGUCAGGGGCGCGAGGUGGAUGUUUGAAACCAAGCCACUGGAUACCAUUCAAGCAGACAAAGAAAUCUACGUCAUCCGUGCAGUUACACAGGAGGAUGUGUGCAAGGGGGAUGUGAAAUCAGCACGCUGGAAGUUUGAGACUCAGCCUCUUGACUCCUUUGAAGGACGAGAAGGGCCCUCAGUGAGGGUUGUUGAAGAUUUAAGCAAUGGGAACAGUGUGCAACAAAGCAAGCAACUUUUUGAGACUGAGCAAGCUGCCCAAAAAAAGUAUGUGCGAAUGGUGAGCGUUACAGACGUUCAACAAGGUGAUGUACGUACCUCAACCUGGCUGUUUGAGAACCAACCUUUUGAUACUCUUAAAGGUGAGCCAGAUGAGCAGAAUGCCUUGACAACUGUACAUCGAGAGGACAAUGCAAAGGGAGAUGUGAAACGCUGCACUUGGUUAUUUGAAUCACAGCCCUUGGAUAAAAUAAAGAUCGAUGAAUCAACUGAUUCAUCAAAGGAAGAGUUUGUUUCAUCCAAGGAAGAAAUCCCCAAGGCAGAUGUCAAAAGCACAACAUGGUUAUUUGAGACCACACCACUGGACAAAAUCACUGUGGAGAGUGUGACAGACACACUCUAUCGCCUUUGCCAUUAUUCAUUUAUUCAUUCAGGUGGAAUCAUCAUCCAGGCAAAUGAUUAUAAGUAUGUGAACAUGGCAAAAUAUCAAAUUGUGAACAAUGAGGAGACCAAAGUUCAAAAGGAGGAAGUUGUUGAGGGAAACAUCAGGAACAUAAUGCUGCAGUUAUUGUUCAAACCAAACCUGAAACCUAAAGUUGUUCUAAUUAAAGAGGAUGAACAAGGCAAGAUGCACAGCACAGUGCUUGAAAUCCCAUUUCAACAGCCUGGAUGUGCAACUAACCUUGAGGCAGAGUGCAAGACCCAAGAAGCAGUUAAAAUCAUUGAGAGCUUGCUGGUUCAACAAAAAACAAUCAAGACAGGCCUGGUGGUGCAAGAAUCGGAAGGUGGGCAGCCAGAGAUGACCGUGUAUUCCCUCCACUGUCAAAGCAGCCUGACUGAGUCACACAACAUCGCACGAGGAGAUGUCAAGUCCACUAUUGGCAACCUCCUUGCCACAGCUCACAACCAGCAGACAAAACCAUUUUGCAGACUGGAACAAAAUGAAAGGGGGAAUGUUGGUCUGUAUCGAAGCUGCAUUGAAAAGGGCGACCUUAAGAGUCUACAGCGAGAUCUUUCUGAGGAGGAACCAGCAGCCUCCUGUAUAGACCAAAUUGAAAUUGUUCAAGGUGAUGUAAAGGAAGCAAAGCGACACCUAAAUCAACAAAGAGAACAAGCUGAAAGAACAAUCUCGGAUGUUGUACCAGGAGAUGUUAAGAAUGCAAAAAAGGUUUUCUUAGGGGUCUGCACAGACCCGGAUGUUGGAAACUGCGUGUCAAGGGAGGAGAUCAUCAAAGGUGAUAUUUUGUCGGCCAUGCAGCAACUUGAUGAGGCAGUCAAGCAGCAAGUUGUGAUCCAGAAAGAGGAAAUUGUUUCUGGGGACAUUAAGGCAACGCUUGAAUCCUUGGAGCGGGCAAAACAACAAAGUUUGCACAUGGAGCGUGAGGUCGUCAAACCAGGCACCAUUUAUGAUCUGAAUAUAGAGGUAGAAGAAAUGUGCUCAGAAGAAAAUGAUAGGACACUAAUUAAGGAGGAAAUCAUUUCAGGGGAUAUUAAGGCUGCCAAAAGGUCCUUGGAGAAAGCAAAGAACCAAAGCAUGAGUGUAGAACGACAACAUGUCACUCCUGGAAAGCUGUGUAAUCUAAAUGGAUCAUCUCAGUCUCAAAGCAACACAACAGUGGAUCAGUCUACAACAUCCUCCUUGAGUAACCAGCGGAUUACAACAACAUUUCGAAAGGUUAGUGACAUAGAAAAUGAUCAGGGAUCCACUGAAACAGUUUGUUGUCAGAAUAAAGUGGGAGGGAGAAAUAAUAUAAUAGAUGUUAGUAUAGAAAAUGGCUCAACAGUGCUAGAUAAAACUCUUCAGGUUUCAGAGUUAGAGCCAGGUGUUGUUAAAGGUAAUGUGAAGGCUGCUAUACAGUCUUUAAGAAGUGCUGCUGUAGAGCUGAGAAAUGUAGACAGAGAGCAAGUUGUUGGAGGUAAUAUGCAAGAGACACUCCAGUCUCUCGAGAGAUCUAGCAUAAAUAUUUCUAAAGGAGAUUACAAGGCAGCAAUGUUAUAUAGACAAUCUGGACAGACACAAAGCAAGAUGACAAAUGACUCAGAGACUAAAUGCAAGCAGAGUUUUGAUAAUUUACCUUCAUCUGAUACUCAAUUGUCUUCUUCGGUUUCAGUGAUUGGAAGUGAGCCUCUGAUCAUCUCGGCAGUCAAUUCAGAAUCUGUUAACUCAAGCAUGGACAAUUCAAAGCUCUCUUGCACUUUUGCAGAAAAAGAUAAUAAUCCACCACCCAUCCCUCCAAAAACUGGCCAUCAGGUUCAAAAUCAGAAGCCAGUUAUUCCACCAAAGCCAUUGCACAUCACCACCAGCUCCGAACAUAUUGCAGAAAAAUCUCAAAUUUGUCCAAGCUCACCUGAUUGUCUAAUUAAUAAGCAGACUCCAACAAUCCCACCCAAAGUGAUUGCCAGCAAGAAAACGUUUUUGCAUAAAAAAGAAACCACAGAAACUUCAAACAAAGUUAAUGAUAGGCAAUGCAACAUUCAUGACCCAGUUCAAAGGACAAAUUUCACAGACCCAGAGGGUUUUCAGAAGAUGCAGUACACUGAGCAAUGGGUUAAAAAUUCCCACAUGCAGCACAUGGACACUCCAUCAGUCAGCGAAACUCAUGAUGAAGGUUCCUUUGCUUCGAAUAGAAUAGGAAUGGAGAAAAAUGUGAUUCAGAGGAUAAAUGCUGCAGAAGAGAUUAGGAUGUGUAUUCAGAGUUAUUCAAAGGACAAUGACGAACUAAACAAUGGGUUUAAGAUUGCACUUCAGAACUUCGGGGAAAAGAAAACAACUAUGGACACAACCCCAACUUUCUCAAAGAAAAUUAAAGUUGUGCAAAACAAAACCAUACAGGAUCAGGCUAAAACUUUCAAAGAGAACACAAAUAAAGUUGAGUUACACUUCGCCUGCAAAGACACCCCUUCAACACCUGAAAAACAUGAAGUUCCUUCAAAGUACAAUCAAACCAUCAAAGAGCACAAUGAUUCUGAGAACAAAGUUGUUUUUAGAGAAAAGAAAGCAAGGAGAGAGACAGAAGAUGAGCGCCACCAGAGGCUGUCCGUCCACAAAGACGAGAUCAUGAGGGGCAAUGUAAAAGCAGCCAUGGAGAUAUUUGAAAACCUUAUGAGACGAGAAGAGCUUAAGAUCAUUUUGUCAAAAGUUCAAGAAAUAGAGGGGGAGACCUGUGAGGUGGAUGUUAAAUCUCUGAAGACUUUGUUUGAGAAUGUGCCUGCUUGGAUUACUAAUCCAAUAAAAAAUAUGAAAUGCAGACAUUUGCCAAGAGCUGGCACAGAAACGGAAGGCUUAAGAGAUGAUGUAGAGAGCAUAUCCUCCGUUGAGGCUGCAUUUGAAGACCUAGAGAAAGCAAGCAUGGACAUCAUCAAUUUGAAAGAACAGACAUUGGCUAAACUCUUGGACAUAGAGGAGGCAAUAAAAAAAGCUCUUUACUCUGUCUCAAAUUUAAAGUCAGAGGCAGACAUUGCAGGGUUGUCAGGUCUGUUUAGUGAAUCCUUAAAUGUUGAUAAUGUCUCUCCAAGUACUAAAAACAUUAGGAAAAUUAGCAUUGUGUCCAGCAAAGCAAAACCUCUGCAACCUAAACAGGCACAGAGCAGUGAUAACAGGGGUCUGGCCAAAGCACCACAUGUACAUCAAGUUCAAAUGGGAAAAGCAUGCUCAAAUAUCCCCUCCUCUCCUUCAUUUAUUUCUAUUCAUUCUGCUGCAAGAAAACCCAUGGAGUCACCCACAUCAUCACAGCCUCUCUUAGACAAAUCAAAAGCAAAUGACCAACCUAAUGCAGUUAGCGGCAUCACACAGUCCUUCCCUGAGAAAAUCUCGGUCAGCCACGUCUGUAGCCCUCCAAGUCCUAGAAGGAAAGUCAGCGUUCUUGAAGUACAGCGAGUUCCUGAGGUUGCAAGUGGAAUCAUUGGUACUAAAACUGUCAGUGAGAAAUAUGAAGAGAUAGACUGCUUUGGGAAUACUUACUUUUCCUCCAAAAGAUCUACAUUUGUAACCAGGCAGUCAGAGACAGAAUUAUCUUCCUCACAUGGUGUAGUUACCAAUUCAGGGAGGUAUGAAGGAAUGACUUCACCUGUUUUGCAAAGGUCUGGCCAGACCUUCUCCUCUAAUUCUCCGUGUAAAAGCAAAGACAGAAAAGUGUUUGUAACUUUCGGCCAUCCCAACACAGAAAAACAUUAACCAAGCUGCCGAUUCUUUUUGUAACAAUAUUUUUGAUGUCAUUUUUAUUUCCAUAUUUCUAUUUAAAAUACAUUUAUAUUAGAUUUAUUGGUCCUAUUUGUGGGUAUAAAAUAAACGGUUUUAUUGUG